CUAUUAUCUAUGCGUAUUGUGCUAUUGUUCAGUGUUCUUACAUUACAUUUUGUUUAUUAUAAAUAGGCUGUUUAUACAUUUGUAAUUUAUGUAUAAUAUUUAUUAUUGUUGCCUGUACAAAAAAUAGCGUUAUUUGAAACAAUUAAAUCCCUGGUCACCUUUAUUCUUACCCCAACGCAUCGCGAGUCGUGGUCCGGUAUCAGCAAAUAUAAGUAGGUAGCACCGGGACUCGGCGCCAACACAAGCCCUGAAGUUAAUAUACAUUUUACAAUGCAAAAUCUACAUCCAAUACCAAUGCCCAGUGUAUGUGAUUCAGCAAAAUACAUUUAUAAAAAAUCGUCUUAUGCUGCAAUAUUUGAGGUUUUACAAUCCUUACGAGACGAUGAAGUUUUAUGUGAUAUUAAACUAGAAACAGAAGACGGUGGAGUUGUAAUUGCUCAUAAAGUGGUUUUAGCAUCGGGUAGUCAGUAUUUUCAUUCAAUGUUUACACAUUUUAAAGAAAAGAAUCAAGAUCUUGUUGUAAUAAGAGAGUUAAGUUCAACUGCCUUAAAGCUCUUAGUCAAUUUUAUUUAUUCUGGAGAAAUUGUAGUCACUGAAAAUAAUGUUCAGGUUUUGUUACCAGCGACAAAUCUUUUGCAAUUACAAGAAGUAAAAAAUGCAUGCUGUGAUUUUUUACAGAAACAACUGCUUCCUACAAUUUGUCUAGGAAUAAAUGCGUUAGCUGAUUUACAUAGCUGUCCAAAAUUGUUAAAAACCUCAGAAUUGUAUAUUCAACGACACUUUUUAGAAGUGGUCGAAAAAGAUGAAUUUCUAUCCCUAUCAUCUGAACGAGUCAUUAAGUUUAUUUCCAGUGAUUUACUGACAGUUCCAUCUGAGGAAAAGGUAAACAUUACGUAUUUGAGGCAUUACAUUUCCAUUCACUAAGGUCAGAUGACCUUACCACCAUACCACAAACUUUGCGGACUACACCUAGACUGACUGGUUUACAUGAAGUUAUUUUUGUGAUUGGUGGUAAUGAUUUUGCACCAAAUAUGAGUACAGAAUAUUACGAUCCAAAUAUUGACCGAUGGCAGUUAGGACCAUAUAUGAUUACACCCCUUUUUGGUGCUAGACUAGCUGUGAUUCUGAUUAUUUUAAUGAUGCAUACUUAAAUGUUGUUAAUGAAUCCAAUCAACCAACCAAUUCUGUGCAUAUGCUAAAUUUAUCUUCUGAAUUACCUUGUUGGGAAAAAACUGCUGCCAUGUUAUAUACAAGAUCGUAUUUUGGAGUAGUUGUUAUAGAAGAUCGUAUAUAUGCCGUUGGAGGAUAUAACGGUGGAU